CGCUUAUUACUUCCAAAAGGCUUCGUUUUUUCUCGUUUUUGAAAAACAAAACACAGCAAACUACCAUAAAUCACUAGAUUUUGUUGGCAGGCCCCCCUGUUGCGAACUUUUUGAGCUUUUUGACUCCGUUUUAAGUGGCAGUAGCAAACACACAUUAAAGAGAAAGAGAAUCCAGUCAUGUCUUCGCGCGCCGUGCAUUUCUGGAUGGUGGCCGCCGCAGUCUCCUUGAAGCUGCGCAAAGACGCCCCCGGAGCCGUCCGUGGAGGUGAAGUUGCACGCGGACCAGGCGGCAGUAGCGGUAGCACCCCGGUGGGGUCGCCGGAUGUGACCUAUGCUCCGUCUGCGGUCGGCGCUGGUACCUACUCCGAGGCGGGAUCCGUCGCUGCAAGCUCCGCUGAUCGGGCUGCCGGCAUGAUCAGUUCGCUGAUGGCCAACUCGGGGGCAGCCGGGUCCUCUACGCCCGAAGCGUCCGUUGCAGGGUCGGCUGGCGACGCUGCGAACGACGACCGGAUCAAGGACAUCGAACGGGACCUGAUUGCCGGCGCAGAUAUCACAGACAAAAAUGCCACCUGCCGGAACGACAGUUUGUCAUUCAAGAAAUUAACAAAUUUCCAAAUCAUGCAUUCGUCCCACCGACCACACUUGACUCCGCAGCACCGAAACUAUUGCAUGACAGAUUGUGAAUUGUGGUGGCACUUUUGCUGGUGAUACUGCAGGCCUUCGACAAAUCUGCCAGCGUCGGAGAAACACCGGAGCAGCGGGAGUUGCACGAUGCGGUGAAAGCGGCUCUGGUCAGCUCGCCGACGAAGCUUGGGUCCUAUCCGGUUGCAGGCGCGAGUGCGGGCGCAGCUUCCUUUCUUCGCGCAGUGGACGGCAAGUUGUCCCUGACCAAAAUGGCUAGCAUCGCAACCAGCGUUGCCAAAGCUGCGGAAGCGCACGUCACGUCGGGACGAGCCAAUGCGCAGUGCGACCAGUGUAUCAUCGGAUUAAAAAAAAUUAUGUCUUGAAGCAGGAAGGAAUGUGUCAUGCGUUGAUGGCUUCGCGGUGCAGAAUUGCGUUCAAUUUUGCGAAGCCGAACAAUUGGAAUUGGUGAGAAAUAAAGGGCUGUUUGUACUUACCGUAGCGAAGUACUAAAAAAACGGAAAUUUUCCCUAGGUGCAUGGCAAAAAAAGCUGUUUCAAAAUACGACAAAAUUUUUUUCAACCCGAUACCGUCCUGUCAGCCGAACUUCAGCACGUGCCCGCAAGGGUGGGAAGCUCGUCGGGACGGCUCCUGCACGCACCCCUCCAGCUACACGGGCUACUGCAACAAGCCGCUGCGCCCAGCUGACUUCGCUGCCGCGGCCCUUGAGGAGUUUGAGGUCUACUGCAGCGUGUGCUUCCCCUGCUCAGCGUGA